UUGAACGUGCAGAGAAAAAAGCAGUAUUUGAUCUUUUGGAGAAGUAAAAGACAAACGAAUCAAAAACGUCACUGAUACUUGUCCUUGCUAAUGGAACCUCUCUUUUUAUCUUUUUUUCUCCAACUAUGCUCUAUGAUUGUUGUUCUUGACGUAUACCGUUCUUGACUCAUCUCUUUCAUCAUUUUCCCAAUCGCAUAAUCUUUUUUCUUUUUCCUUUUUGUUUCUGCUUUGGGUGUUUUCCAGUUGUUAAUCGAACCCCAAAAUGACUCCAUAUUAGCUUUUAACCAAUUUCCAUAUAAGCUUACUCGCCAUAUUUUUAUAUAUAUAAAGUGAAAACUGUGUCUCUCCCUUUGUUUUCUCCGCGCCCUUUACGUUUUUGAUCUUGUUUUCAACGUCCGCGCUUCUUUGUCCCUGUUUGUACUACAAUAAUAACACUCUUUUUUCGAUACCCUUUGAUUCAUAAUUUUUUUUUUAAAAUUUGCAAUGGCUUCAACAACUAGCACGGUUCAGUCUUUGAUCACGAAUUCUCGGUUUUCUUCUCUAUACCUGUCCACAAACAAGGUCUUUUUGCCCAGUUGCCAGUUGCUCAAGUAUCGGUUUUCACCAUCUUCGAGAUCCUCAUGUCUGGCGUUUUCAUCUUUGGGGGACAAAAAGGAAGCUUGGGUUCCUAUGGGAAUGUUGUCAGCGAAGCCGUUGACAUUUACCGGUUGGAAUCAAAACAUGAGGCGGCGGUGCCAAGUUGAGUUCCCGGUAGCUUCUGCUGCUGCUGCAGAUGCUGAUGCUGAUGGCCUUGAAACUGAGAUUUCUGAAGGGCAUGCAAAGCCUUCAAAGAGCUUUGCCGAGAGAUUUCCUGCUCUAGUCACUGGUUUCUUCUUCUUUAUGUGGUACUUUUUAAAUGUAAUCUUCAACAUUCUCAACAAGAAGGUCUACAACUAUUUCCCAUAUCCAUAUUUUGUUUCAGUUAUACAUCUGGUAGUUGGAGUGGCUUACUGUCUGGUUUCUUGGUCUGUUGGCCUGCCAAAAAGAGCACCAAUAGAUAAGGAGCUCUUGAUUCUACUGACUCCAGUGGCUUUCUGCCAUGCCCUUGGACAUGUCAUGUCCAAUGUAUCAUUUGCAGCUGUUGCGGUGUCCUUCACUCACACUAUUAAAGCCUUGGAGCCAUUCUUCAAUGCUGCUGCUUCUCAGUUUGUUUUGGGCCAUCAGAUUCCACUUUCUCUUUGGCUUUCAUUAGCUCCAGUUGUUAUUGGAGUAUCAAUGGCUUCACUCACUGAACUUUCUUUCAAUUGGACCGGUUUCAUCAGUGCAAUGAUUUCAAACAUUGCAUUUACAUACAGAAGCAUAUACUCAAAGAAAGCAAUGACAGGGAUGGAUAGCACAAAUGUUUAUGCAUAUAUUUCUAUAAUUGCCCUCUUCUUCUGUCUCCCACCUGCAAUAUUUAUUGAGGGCCCUCAGCUGAUGCAAUAUGGUUUCAGAGAUGCUAUUGCCAAAGUUGGCUUAAUCAAGUUCUUGUCUGAUCUAUUUUGGAUUGGAAUGUUUUAUCACCUCUACAAUCAGCUGGCUACUAAUACCUUGGAAAGGGUUGCACCACUUACACAUGCAGUUGGGAACGUAUUGAAGCGAGUUUUUGUAAUUGGCUUCUCUAUCGUCGUUUUUGGCAAUAAAAUCUCCACCCAAACUGGGAUUGGAACUGCAAUAGCAAUUGCAGGAGUGGCCAUCUAUUCCCUCAUUAAAGCUAAUAUGGAAGAACAAAAAAGAAAGGCUGCUUUAAGUGCUGCAUCGUGAGAAGCUUGGAUGGUGGGUUUGGGAAAUGGGAAAGAAUAAGACCCCAAAUUUUCACAUGCAUUUAUCUUAACAAUAAUCACAUUUUAUGAUACCACCCACAUUGCAAAUUGUCUGUAAUAAUUUUAUUUUUUAUUUUUAAUAAAAAGAGAGAACUGAUUUUAAAUUUGAAAAA